AUGGCUGCCGCUAAUUAUAUAGUUACAGUUCAACGUCCAACGGCUGUUACUGCUGUAACAAUUGGCCAUUUUACAAGUUCAACAGAUUUGAAUUUAUUAGUGGCUAAAAAUACACAUUUUGAAAUCUAUUUAAUGUCUUCCGAAGGUCUAAAACUAGUCAAAGAUGUUUGUAUAUAUGGUCGUAUAGCAAUUAUGAAAUGCUUUCGCCCACCGCAAUCAAAUAAAGAUGUUGUAUUCAUUUAUACCGAGAAACAUCAUGGUAUGAUAUUAGACUGUAAAAAAUCUGCUAAUGAUCAAUAUGAUAUAAUUACAAAAUGUCACGGUAUUUUAAAGGAUUUUAUUAAACUACCUAUACGGGCUAUAUUAUGUGCAAUAGAUGCAAAACAUGGAAUUAUUGUAUUACGAAUAGUUGAAGGACUUUUAAAGUUGAUUUAUUUGAAAGAUUCUACAAAAGAAUUAUCAAAAACAAUGGAAUCAUAUAAUGUCAAAGUUGAUGAACAAAAUAUAAUUGAUCUACAAUUCUUACCUGGAUAUCAAAAGCCAACGUUUGCAUUAAUACAUUCAUGUCAUCCAGAUUCAGAAUAUCAACAGAAUAAUAAAUUUUUUUUUAAAACAUAUCAGAUUGAAAUGAAAGAUAAAGAUAUAUCAAAAACAUCAUGGAAACAAGAGAUAGAUAUAUCUGAGCCGGCAAUUAUUAUACCUGGAGAAGAUAGUUGUAUUGUUAUUGGAAGAAAUGCUGUUGCAUUAUAUAAAGAAAAUGAUCGUCCAUUAGAACUUGAAUUACCAUUGUUAGAUAAUAAGGUUACGGGUAUUAUUGGUCACUGUUCAAUAGAUCCAAAUGGCGGACGAUAUUUGUUGUCAGACUGGUGUGGAAAAUUAUAUUUACUUGUACUUGAAUGUGAAAAAAAAAAUGGGAGUUUAAUUGUAACAGAUAUGAAAUUAAAUUUACUUGGUGAAACGUCAGUUUCAGAAAACAUAAUUUAUUUGGAUAAUGGUGUUGCAUUUAUUGGCUCACGAUCUGGUGAUAGUCAAUUGAUUCGAUUAUUACCGGAACCUCGAAAUGGAAGUCAUCUAGAAAUUUUAGAAUCUUAUACAAAUCUUGGACCGAUACUUGACAUGUGUAUUGUUGAUAUUGAAAGACAGGGACGUCAAUUGGUUACCUGUUCUGGUUUUUCGAAAGAUUCAUCAUUGCGUAUAGUACGCACAGGAAUUGGUAUACAAGAACAUGCAUCAAUUGAUCUCAGAAAUAUCAAAGGCAUUUGGUCAUUGAAAAUUUCAAGUAAAUGGGACAAUUAUUUAGUCAUUUCUUUUUUUGAACAAACAAGAAUGUUUUAUUUACAAAAUGAUGAAGUUGAAGAAGUAGAAUUAACUGGAUUCGAUUUUCAACAUCAAACACUGUUAUGUUCAAAUAUUAUUGCUGAUCAAAUACUACAAAUUACAACACAUUCAAUACGUCUGAUAGGCAAUAACGGAAAAGAUUUGAUUGUAGAAUGGAAAAAUUCGAAUCAAAAUAAUGAAAUAACCGUUUCAACGUGUAAUGCUACACAGUGUUUAUGUGCGAUUGGAAAUGAAUUGCACUAUUUUGAAAUUGGGCAAUCCACUUUCACUGAAAUCAGUAAAUGUACUUUACCUUAUAAUAUUGCCUGUAUGGAUGUAACACCAGUCAAUUACAAUGAAGAACGAUCGAAUCUAUGUGUCAUUGGCUUAUGGACACACAUUAGUGUUUGGACAUUACGUCUACCAACAUUGGAAGUUCAACAUAAAGAACCACUGACAAAUGGUAGAGAUACCGAUAGAUACACACUUCCACGUACUGUUAUUAUGGUAUCAUUUGAUUCUCAGCCAUAUGUUGUUGUAUCAUUAGCUGAUGGACCUAUUAUUUAUUUUCUACUAGAUGUUGAACAAGGUCUAUUAUAUGAGCGUAAAAAAGUAUCACUUGGUACAAAACCUACAACAUUGACACUUUGUCGAAAUGAAACAGCAACAAACGAUUCAACACAUCAUCAACAACAGCGAACAGUUUUAUUUGCAUGCAGUGAUCGUCCAUCUGUUAUUUAUUCAUCGAAUCAAAAACUUAUGUUUUCAUGUGUUAAUUUACAUGAAGUAAUUUGUAUGUGUUCAUUUAAUUCGGAAUUAUAUGGAUCAAGUUUAACAUUGGUAACAGAAAAUGGUGUCGUAAUCGGAAAAAUUGAUGAUAUGCAAAAGUUACAUAUUGGAACAAUUAAUUUAGGAGAACCAGUAAGACGUAUUGCAUAUCAUGAAGAAGAAAAAUCCUAUGUAAUACUAACACAAUCAACAGAAUUAUUUCAUUCAGAUCGAGUAAUACCCAUCAGUCAACAUGCGCAUCAGACAAUUGAUUGUCCAACUAAAAUUAAAACGAUUAAAGAAAAAACGCAACACCCAAUUGAUCAACAAGAUAAUAUUGUUAUACUCGAUCAGCAUACACUAGAAGCUCGCGUGUCUAUCAAAUUAUUGAGUCAUGAAGAAGGAAUGAGUGUAUGUAUAUUGAAUUUUACUGACGAGAUAAAUAUGUCAUAUAUUAUUGUUGGUACGGCAAUAGUUUACGAAGAUGAACUCGAACAAAAAAUGGGUCGUUUAUUAGUAUUUCAUUAUAAUGAUGGCAAAAUUAAUUUUGUCACUGAAAAAGAUAUUAAUGCUCCACCACAUACAAUGGCUAAAUUUAACGGUAAACUUAUUGUCGGCAUUGGCAAUUCGAUUCAUUUGUACAACUUUUCACCAAAUAAUCAAGAAUUAGUAUUAAUCACUCAAUAUACCGGAUAUUUUGAAACAUUACAAUUGAAGAUAAAAGAUGAUUUUGUACUUUUUUGCGAUAUGAUGAAAUCACUUACUGUUCUACGCUAUAAUCUAGUAGAAAAUAAAUUUGAAGAGAUUGCGCAUGAUGGACAUCCGUUAUGGACGAUGGCUUGUGAAGUGAUUGAUGAUGAUACAUUUAUUUGUUCAGAAGAUGCAUCGAAUUUGAUAUCAUGUCAUAAAGACAGUGGUUCAACAAAAGAAUCAGAAAGAAAACAAUUAAAAGAACUUGGAUUUUAUCAUUUAGGCGAAACUAUUAAUGUAUUUUGUCCUGGAAGCUUGAUUACUCAACAAUCAGCUCAAUCAAGUAUUCCUCUGCAAUCAUGUAUUUUGAUGGCAGCAAUAUCUGGUUAUAUUGGAUUACUUAUACAAUUGACACCGCAUUUAUAUCAGAUAUUAAUGGCAUUACAAUUACAACUAGCUAAAUUACCCAGUGUGGGAAAAAUCGAUCAUGCUACUUGGCGUGCGUUUGAAUCUGAGAUGCAUACAGAUGUUUCAUGUGGUUUUAUAGACGGUGACUUAAUUGAACUCUAUCUUGAUUUAUCAAAAGAUAUGAAACAAGAUGUAAUCAGAAAUUUGAGAGGUGAAAAUAAUGUUGAGUUACAUACGACGGUUGAUGAACUUGUGAAAGCUAUUGAAGAACUUUCUCGAAUACAUUGA